AGUAGCAAGGCACUCAUAACGUUACUAAGAAGCAAGGAAUAUGAAUAGAAAUGGUGUUUUUUUCGUGGAAAUCUGAGAAAUUCGUUCUCCGCGUGAAUUGAGAGAAUCCUGUUUAUUUGAGCUGGCCUGAGAUACAGUAACAUCUUUCAAGAUGGUUAAAGAACUAAAAUGCAUUCUUUGUGAAACUGUCUACAGCUCCAAACAGGAGAUGGAAGAGCACAUAAGAAGUAUGUUGCACCACCGAGAGCUGGAGAAUCUGAAAGGCCGGGACUGUGGACACGAGUGCCGGGUCUGCGGCAUAACAGAGGUGAGCCUGACCGACUAUGCCAGUCACAUCUCCAGCCCUUUACAUAAACAGCGUGUUGACAAUCAGAAGCGGCAUCACUUAAACGAAGACCAAGAUGAAGAGUACUUUGACAAAGACAUUGUGAGGCUCAUUGAAAAUCGCAAAGAAAUGAUCAGGAAAGAAGAGGCUGCUGCAAAGCAGGCUAAAGAAGAGCAAGACAAUAUAAGAAAGUGGCAGGAACUUCGGACAAGAAAUAUGACGUAUCAGCCCUGUGGCACUUGGGAUCGGCCAUAUUCUAACUUUCCACAGAUGCCCAAAAGGGGUAGAGGCUCUGAAUGGCAGAAUUUAAGAUUUUCAUCCCCUGAACGCAACAAAUGGUUUAACCCUAGCCGACAGGUUAGGUGUGCCACAUGGCAUGCUGAAGGACCACCUGACUUACAAAAGUGGGGGUCUUUUGGUCGUCAGGGAGGGAGCUUGCACAACCAAGGAAAUGUCUGGGGUGGUAAGCAAGGCAGGUAUGGAGUCUGCCCUCCACAUCUAAGACAGCAGUUUCCCUGGAACAAUAGUCGGUUUAAUGUACCUUGGGGUCAAUGCAUACCAUCACAUAAGUUCUUUACAUCGUCUACAAGAGAGCAACAGAGGACACCUAACAGAUUUGAGAAUCAGGUACAGGGUGAACAGAGCCUAGAAGAAUCUGGUGAUCAUGAUCCCAACAAAGGUAAGGGUCAGAAGUCAGAGAAGGCUUAUCGUUGGGCACCAUAUCCAUCAGCUAAAUUUGGGGAUCCCUCAUGUCAGACUAACCCUCACCCAACAUUAGAAAAGUCAGAUGUAGAAUCUCCUGAAAACUUAAAUGCGCAAAGUUUUAACAAGGGCAGUCAGGGCAUAGAGAGUAAAUCCAAAGCAGAUCAAAAACGCUGGCAUCAUAAAACCACUUUCUGUGAAGAGAGUAAUUCCAUGGAGCAGAAGAUUUCCUCUAAGAAUAGUAGUAGUUGUAGCAAGGACAGUUUUUCCUCAACCUCCACCACUAGAAGAACAGAGAUGCCCACCAAGCUUCCUGAAAAUUGUUCAAAGAGGACCCUCAAAAAAGCAGGAAGUCAAGAUUCUGUCAGCUCAAAAAGUUCUAAGCAUUCACAUUCAAGCUCAGAAAUCCCACAACAUGGCUCGUCCAGUGCACAGCAAGACAGUCUGCUUUCGGAGAUGCUGAGAAAAGCCAAGGAGACUUUGCUUGAUAGAAAUACCUCCAUUGACACAUCUGGCCCAAACAGCUACCUCCUAGGAUCAAAUAAUAUGCCAGUAGAAAGUUUAGAAUCAAACAAGAAUCAAGCAUUACUUGAAAGUAAGAUGAAACUGCAAAAGAACAGGGGACAAGAAACACAUGGUUUUGACAGGCGUGUCAGCAUUGACCGAGAGCAAUUAACCAGUACUGAAACUAUAAUACAGAUCAGCAAUGUGCGCAGUGAAUGUGGGCCAUUCCUGCAGUCCUUGCAAGUUAGUACCUCUACUAUAGACCACGAAGAUGAGGAGGACAGUGGUGAAAUGGAGGAAAAUCCUCAUGUACCAGUACAAGAUCAAGUUAUGGAAACACUGGAUGAAGGUUUGUGCUUAGUUGAUGAGGGGUCCCACAGCAAUCCAUCCCAACAAACAACAAGUGACUCUGUGCCCUCCUUAAGUAAACUUGCCUUGCCUGCAUGUCUCCAGAGGGAUCUGAACCGUCAUAUGGGUACCAAAGUCAAAGCAGCAUCUCAUGAACCCAACUUAAAUAAUGCCAGACGUAUUAGGAAUGUGAGUGACAUGCGAAAGAAUGAAGCUGAGAAGGACUCUGGACUUAAACCCACCUUGCGUCAACUCAUCAGCUCCUCUGGCUCCAGGCGGAAUGUUAACUGGGACCAGGUGUACCAGGAAGUAAACCGGAAGAAGCAAGGCAAGGGCCUACCAAGAUUUGGUAUAGAAAUGGUGCCCUGUGAACCUGAGGGUCUCAACCAGAUGGAUGAAGAUGAUGUGCCUCUAUCUGAGGGCUUUCAUUGGGACUCUCUGUUUGACUCCAGUCAAGUGCAUACCCGCAAGCGUAGCUUGUCUGAAAGUAAUGUGGUUAAGGAUAGCCCUGCUGGCUCCAGCUCCGUCGUCAAUGCUGUAGUCCCACUGCGAGACUCUUCUGCUUUUGGCUCCUUACACCCAGCAAAAAGAGAAGAUUUGCAGGAGUCCACAGGUCAUCUGGAGUUUCAGAGUUCAAAAGGGCAUGCCAAGGGUGUUGAGGAUGUUGAAAUAGAUGUUGACUGUGCAUCAGAGACUGAACUAAUUGAUACGCAAGGAACUGGGAAGAAACGCAGAGCUCAUGGGGAUGUUGUAUCUCCAGAGAUUCCUAAUGAAGAUCGGAAAAACAAGAGGCGAAAAAUUAAGGCUAAGAAAGAGCGUUGUCAAGUGGAUCAGUUGUUAGCUGUAUCUCUCCGUGAGGAGGAGCUGAACAACUCUCUUCAGGCAGUAGAUAAUAGUCUCAUUCAGGCACGUGCUGCCUUGCAAGCUGCCUACUUGGAAGUACAACGUCUGCUUAUGGUAAAACAACAGGUAACCGCUGAGAUGAACUCUUUGAGAACUGAGCGCAUUGAAAUUCUUCAAGGAAUGCAAGGUGAAUUUGAGCCAAAAGAAAGACACAGGAGCAGUGAGGAGAGCUUGAACACUUCAUCAACCCAAGUUUCUCAGAUCACUGCCAACCCUGUUCAUCCAUCCUCAGAUCCCCAUUCAACAACCUCAACCUCCUCCCAGCCUGUUACCAUUAAAAAGGAGCCUGUUUCUCCAUGUAAGCCCAUUUCUGAGCAUAACAUUGUCAACAGCCCCAACCCAGGGGCUCAAAGUACCACAUCUGUCCAAAUGGCGUUUGCAGCUUGUCAAACAGAAACUACCGUCAGGAACAACAGUAGGAUGGACUCUUCACAAGAUGCUACAAGCUUAACUUUCGAGACCACUACAUUAGAUCACAGAUUACAGCCAUCGCCCGUCAUAGAAGUUUGUCAAAGCUCUCAAGAUGGGUUAGCCAACCCUUCUUCCCCACUCAUGUCUGCAUCCCUCUCUCCCAAGCCACUGUCUCCCUCAAACCUCUCUGAAAGUAAUCCAGUUAAGCGAGUUCGAAAGUUGAAAAAGAGAAAGUGCCUUAAGAAAGCCAAGGGAAAUGAGCAGCCUGAAAUGAGUGAAUCUGAGCUUGAUAUAGCGCAGCCUGCUCUUCGACCAACCCGCAAGUGCCGAUCUCAUCAGCGAUCCAAUGACCUCUUUACCUCUCCCUCAACACCAGAGAAGAAAGAUAAGAUUGAGGAGAUGGUGGUGACUGAAGCUUCGAAGCCACAACCAAAGGGAUUAAAGCUCGCCAAAUCACCGUUGAAUGAAGCCAGUUCUGAUUCAUCGGAUCUGGAGAUUGUGGAGCUUCCUCCACCUGUGCCCACUGAUUUUGUCAAUUUAGAUUCCUCAGACCCAGAUGAGAUGCCUGAAAAGGCAGCCAAGGAGUUGACCAAGGAGCCAGCUACUAUGCACACAAUAGAAGACCAAGCGAUAACAGAUCUACAAAAUCUUGCCUGUAAUGAGGUCACUUCCACUAGUGAAAUUGGCACUAGCAGUAUAGUCAAGGCUAUUGAAAGUGAAAUAAAAUCAUCCUCAGUGAUGUUGGAGUCCAAGGUACCCUCAGAUAUAUCAGAUCCCGGGGAGGAGGAGCUUCCAACAGAAGGAGACUUUGAAGGCCAUCAAGAGGCUGUGAAUGGAAUGCAUAUUCAUAAUGGACUGCUGUAUACUUGCUCAGGGGACCGCACUAUACGCGCUUUCAGCCUGAUAAGCCGGAAGUGUGUGGCUGUGUUUGAAGGUCAUAGCAGCAAAGUGAAUUGCCUGUUGGUGUCAUGUGGAGGAGGCCUGCAGCAACGCCUGUACUCUGGAUCAAGUGACCAGACCAUCCGAUGUUACAGCCUCAAGACCAAAGAGUGUGUGGAGCAGCUGUCUCUGCCAGAUCGAGUGCUCUGUCUCCAUAAUCGCUGGAAAAUUCUCUACGUCGGUCUGGCCAAUGGCUCAGUGAUCACUCUCAGUCUUCGGAACAAUAAGCAGCUGGAUGUGUUCGAGUGUCACGGCCCGCGGGCAGUAAGUUGUCUGGCAACGGCCCAGGAAGGUGCUCGCCGCAUCCUUCUGGUGGGCUCUUAUGACACCACCAUCAGCGUUCGAGAUGCGAAGAGUGGCCUGCUGCUGCGAACGCUGGAGGGACACACCAAAACGGUGCUCUGCAUGAAGGUGGUGAAUGAUUUGGUGUUCAGUGGCUCGAGUGACCAGUCUGUACAUGCACACAACAUUCACACAGGAGAACUGGUAAGGAUCUAUAAGGGCCACAGUCAUGCCGUCACUGUGGUGGCCAUACUGGGAAAGGUGAUGGUCACCGCAUGUCUAGACAAACUGGUUCGCGUGUACGAGCUCCAGUCCCAUGACAGACUUCAAGUUUAUGGAGGACAUUCAGACAUGGUGAUGUGUAUGGUGAUCCACAAGAGCAUGAUUUACACAGGCUGCUAUGACGGAAGCGUAAAAGCUGUCAAACUGAACCUGAUUCAGAACCACCGCUGCUGGUGGCACGGCUGUACUCUCAUCUUCGGGGUGAUGGAGCACCUGCAGCAGCACUUGCUGAACGAUCACACCAGCCCAGCGCAGCAGACCUUCAAAUGCCGCUGGAGGAACUGCGACAGCUUCUUCACCACCCGCAACAGCUCCAAAGAGGCAGUGCAUUGUCACAUGCAGAAACAUGCUGAGGACGACAGUAAAAUGGAGCCAUGAGGGGCCAAUACAUAACUGGACAUAACCUGCUCUUUUUUCCCAUAUUGGGAAUGUCUCAUUCAGCCUUCACCAGAGGAGCCCUGUUUAUGGGUAUAUUUUUAUACGAACCAUCAGAUACCAACAACUGCCGCUUAGAUGAUGCCUAGUUAAUAUCUGAGAGAUUGUUUUGAACAAGAUGUUCAAGUGUAAGUUCAAACAAAAAGCUCUCUAAGCGGAUGUGUUUUGUUGGUAUUUUGAUGAGAGGAAGUCAUUCAUCUCCUUAUUCACUUCUAUCCGAAGUGUGAAAUAUGCUCAAUUCUUUUAUACCAAUGUGGCAUUGCUCUGAUUGAACGGAUUGAUUUCUGUAUCAGACAAACACUCUCAUCUGAUUAUACACUGUAUCGUCAGCUCUGAGAUUUACUGACCAAAUAAAGACAGAGAAACUGAGAAACGUUUGGGUACCAGUACAGCAAUAGAGGUGCGGCAGCUCCCUCAGCAAACACAUGCAGUUUAUCACUCACUAUUGUGUGUGCGGUAUGAGUUUAGAGAUCUUCUGAUUCUGUGAUUUAAGAGGCUUGUCAUGUUGAGCAACCAGAUUUUAGCAGGGUAAAAACCAGUGUGAUCUGAGUCACAGCUAUAAGUCGUGUGAAAUUAAGAUUCAAAUGUGGAUUGUGUUUCAGUGUGAAUGGUAAUACUGGAUUUUAAUUUGUUUUUCCUCAUCAUUCAUUGGGCCUCUUUUGGUGUGGAGGUAAUGCAGCUUACAAACUCAACCGAUACACAGUGUGACCCGAGAUGCAUCUAUAUGUGGUGUGAAUUUAGUGCCAGUCUGGAUUGUGUUUCAGUGUGAAUGGUAAGACUGCAUUUGAAAUAAUUGUUCUCAUCAACCUGCUUUUGUUUUGUAACCAUCUAGAUCAGUGUUUCCCAACCCUGUUCCUGAAGGCACACCAACAGUACACAUUUUCAACCUCUCCCUAAUCAAACACACCUGAAUCAACUCAGCAGAACAUUAGAAAAGAACCCAAAACCUGACACGAAUGGGUCAGAUAAGGGAGACAUACAAAAUAUGUACUGUUGGUGUGCCUCCAGGAACAGGGUUGGGAAACACUGAUCUAGAUUACAAAUUCACACAAAACCUAAUUGGAAUAAUUCUAAAUUGUUUCAAUAUGUAAGUUUAGAUUGGAUUUUGAAUCAUUUUCCUCAUCACAUUUAUAUGUGGUGUGAAACAGGAUCAAAUCUGAAAUGUGAUUCAAUGUAAAUAGUUUUUCUAAUUAUUCAUAGCAUAUAAACCAGAUGGUUCUUGUAGUAAAAAUGCAGGUUACCAUUUCAUGUGAAACCCAAUGUGGCCUGAAUCACAUCCAUAUGUGGUGUGAAAUCUGAAUCUGAAGUAGAUUGUUACAGUAUGAAUGAUAAUAUUGAAUUUGAAUUCUUUUUUCCCUCAUCAUUCAUAAGGCUUUUUUUUUGAGUGUGGUAAAAACGCAGCUUACACACUCACACAAAGCACAGUGGGACCUGAAAUGCAUCCGUUAGUGGUGUGAAAUCAGAGUCAGCCUAGAUUGUGUUUCAGUGUGAAUGGUCAGACAGGAUUUAAAAUAAUUGCCCUCAUCAGCCUGAUUUGUGUUUUGUAACCACUCAUACAAAUUUGCACAAAGCCCAAUGUGAAUCUGAGUUAUUCUAAUGUGAACGGUCAGACUGGAUUUCAAAUAGUUUUUCUGAUCACAUUUAUAUGUGGUGUGAAAUCAGAAUUCAAGCUGCAUUGUUUUAAUGUGAAAGGUGUCAAAGAGAAUUUCAGAUACUUUUUUCCUCAUUCAUAGAGUAUAACCCAGAUUUUGUUUUAGUGAACGCAGGUUACUAAUUCAUAUAACACUGAAUUGCAUCCAUAUCUGGUGUGAAAUCAGAAUCAAAUGUGGAUUGUGUUUCAGUGUGAAUAGUCAUAUUGAGUUUUUCCUCAUCAUUCAUGAGGCAUCUUUUGGUGCAGUAACAAUUCAGCUAACAAAACUCAUAUGAAACACAGUGUGAUCUGAAUUACAUCCAUAUGUGAUGUGAAAUCAGAAUCUAACGUGGAUUGUGGUUCAGUGUGAACGGUCAUAUUGAACUUGAAUGAGAUUUCCUCAUCAUUCUUGAGGCAUCUUUUGGUGCGGCAAAAAUUCAGCUUACAACUCACAUGAAACACAGUGUGAUCUGAAUUACAUCCAUAUGUGGUGUGAAAUCAGAAUCAACUGUGGAUUGUGUUUCAGUGUGAAUGGUCAUAUUGAUUUUGAAAAAGUUUUUUCUCAUUAUUCAUAACACCUCUUCGUGGUGCGGUAACAAUUCAGCUUACAAACUCACAUGAAACGCAGUGUGAUCUGCAUUACAUCCACAUGUGGUGUGAAAUCAGAAUCAAAUGUGGAUUGUGUUUCAGUGUGAAUGGUCAUAUUGAAUUCGAAUGAGGUUUCCUCAUCAUUCAUAUAGCCUCUUUGUGGUGCGGCUCAUAAACACAAUGUGAUCUGAAUUACAUCCGUAUGUGAUGUGAAAUCAGAAUCAAAUGUGGAUGCUGUUUGAGUGUGAAUGCUCAGACUGGAUUUGAAAUAUCUUUUCACGCCCUUUCUAAGGCAUCAACCAGAUUCUGGUGUUUUGAGGAUGCAGGUUUUAUGAAGACGACAUCUUUCGCAAGUUAAAGUCUUCUGUUUAUAUUGUUUUUAUAGUAUUACAUACCUGGCGAAGCAAACUAUUAUUUACUUCUGCCAUUUUUGUCAAGACACCUGGUGAUUUUGUUUCAUUUUUAUUUUAUUUUUUGGCUAUUAGACUUGUUUGUUUGUUUUAAUGUAGUCACUUGAGUGGUUGAAUCAGUUUCUUCUUCUCAGUAGACACAUAUUUUGUUUGGCUUCUCUGUGGUUGCUCUCCAUUGAAGAAAAGAAGGAUUAGAGUGUGCCGUGACUCCAAGACUGCAGUUGAGUUAAGUUUGCUGUGACUAUUGACAGAGACUGAAGUAUGACAGUUGGUUUGCAUACGCCUUUAAGAAAUUAAAUGAAUGUGUUUUAUGGAAACGUUUUUUUUUUUUUCGAUAGUGAAGAAGUUUUUAUUAUUUACUUCACGGUUUAGAGAAUUAUGUGGCACGUGUGCAGAUAAGUUUUGUAGUUAAUUGAAAGUGCAGGAGGAAGUGCAGGAAAGCAAGGUUUUAUUUUGCUGUCGAAUGAAAGUUGUUGAAGUGAGAAACAUUGGAAGUGUUUUGUGUGGUUAGGAACAUAUUCACUUCCUAUAAUCCUCAGCCUUCCUUUUAUAGUUUUAUACACACACAAAAUAAAACCGGCCUAACUAUGCAUAACUACAUAAGCAAAUAUUGGGUGACAUCAUAAAAUCCUAACACGGUUUCUGAUGGUUUUAUACAGGUUAACAACACUUGCUUUCUAUCUGCAGUGUUGCUUUUUUAACCUCAAAUAUAGUCACUCGAGUAUUUUCUGUCUCCUUUUUGUUUAUUUUAUGAAUAACCGUACAGUUUGUUUGAAAUGCAUCUCAACUCUUUUGCUAUAGUUGUGUGUUGCUGAGGAGAGAUUUCAGCUGCCCUCUUAACUGGUGUUCCAGAGUUUCUCACACUUGUUCAUUUCAAAUACUGUUAAAAAUCUUUCUAAGAGUUUUGUACACAAAUACUAUUGAAACUAAAGGAAUAAAAAAAAGACAUAUUAAAGAUAAA